UACUAUAACUUCUUUCCGUACUUGACUAUGAUGAAGAGAAAGUCAAACACCGUCUUGUUCUGAGAUAUUUUCUCUGGAUUAGAGUGGUUUCUUUGCCUAUACGAUUUCUAUCAUUGUGUGAGAAUGUCGAGAACUUCUUUGCUUAUGAUUUUAUAAAUUGAUAGAUAGCUACAAGAACCAGCUAUUCACUGACACAUUGUCAGGUUGUGCCACUGAGUGUGAGGUUGUGCCCUCAGAGUAUAUUAACUCUCAGUUGCAAUGGCAAGAACAACACAAACGAAGAAGAGCAUUUUUCCAUUUUGUGCAGGUUUGGGAUGCGGAAUGCUUCUUUCAUUGAUGUUGUUUUUCCCGAUAACAAGUAGAUAUUUAUUCUCCCACAUUGUUAAAAAUCCCAACUCAGCAUUCAAAGAUGGUUUCGUUCAUGCUGUGAGAAAUGGCGAAGGGAAAGGUCUUGAUUUGGUGAGAGAGAGGAAAGAUUCAGAAUAUGGGAAGGAUAUUAAAGAUAAUCGAACGAUUCCUCUUGAAGUUGAUCCAGACCCAUUGCCUAUUGAGAGCUUGGACUGGGAUAUUAAUACAGCUUCGCAGAGAAUUCCUGCUUAUCUAUCUCAAGAACUCAAGUUUAAAAAGAAAUUGUUUAUAGGGAUUGUUAGUUUCUCUCCCCUCACAGCAAGAAUUUCUAAACUGGUUCCUACCACAUGGGGUGAAGCAUGGGGAAGAUUGAAACCCGGUGAUAUGACAUUCUAUUCAACAUUAGGAUAUGAUAUUCCAAAAACAAAUGGAUACAAUUAUCAAACAUUAUCAGGUUCAUCAAAGUUACCAGACCUUCCAUCACCUCAUAUGAUGUACCAAAUAUUGCGGGAUAUUUGUAGUCAAUAUAUAGAUACUCAUCAUUUUUAUUACAUUGGUAACAGUGAUACAUACAUCAGUACUUCUGAUCUACUAAAUUUUACUAUGCAACUUAAUGAAACAGAUAUAAUGUGGAUAGGUCAUGGUACGUAUCGACCACUUAAACAAAGAUAUUAUACAAAUGAUCCUGAUUACUUCUGUCAUUCCGGUCCUGGAUUUAUAUUAUCGAGACGAACCAUGCAAGGUCUCUGUCCACAUUUAGAAGUUUGUGAGGCUUUAUAUAACAGAGAUUAUGAAAGACCGGGGUAUGAAUUGUCCAGAUGCUUCAGAAGAUUUUUAAAUAUUAAUUGCACUAAAUCUAAUGAGGCGAGAUCUCUUUUCUACAUGUCUGAUUUUGUUCCCAAUCCAUUCUUUGAGGCUCGUUCUUUUUCUACAAGUAUAACUGUAAAUCCGAUUGUUGACGAAACAGCAUUGUAUGUUUUGCAUCAAUAUUUUAUUGAAAGACAAUUGAAUCAUACAACAAGGAAUAAUGAGUACUACCAUUCAAUUGUACAAAGAAUGGACAGAGUUUUAGUUAAGGAAGGUGGAAUGCCUGAUGAUAGAUUAGUGCUUGGAAGAGAAGGCAAUGCUAACAAGUAUCACCAUCCAGACAUUGUACCUUGGGAAAAAAUACAAAAGGUAUUCAAAGGAAAGCCAGGAAAAUCAAAGGACAUUAUUUUAUCAACAGAUCAUUCAGAACCAUCCCGCGAAGUGAUCGGACAUGAUUAUAUCGCUUUGAGUGAUGUCAGAGAAAUUACAAUGAAACAUGUCAUGGAAAAUCAUUUUACCGAUGAUGACAAAGAAUCACAUAUUGAUACCAGCAGUGUGUAUAGAAAAGUGAUACCUGGGGUGGGAUACCAAUACAUGGUGGAUAUUACUAAAGAUACAAAAAAGGUUGCAUCUGUUUGUCUGAACCAGCCAUAUGGAAGAGUAAUAACAUACGGAACUCGUACAGCACCUAAUGUUAAGAUUACCUUUAUAUUACCAAUGCAAGAUGGUUCACCCAAAUUUCAAGAAUUUAUGCAAAUGUUUGAACAGGCUUGUAUGUCGGCCGACCAACCACAAAACGUUGGACUCCUCGUCGUUUUAUAUGGAUCAAGUAAAACUAAUACUACAUCUGAUGUAAAAGAAUUGGAUGAGAAAACAUCAAGUGCUUUGACUUUACUCAAUACAUACAAACAGAAAUAUCCAAAGUUAUCUUUAAGAUGGAUAAAUUCAGGAACAAGUUCUUUUUCACAUAUAAAAGCAGUGGAGAUGGCAGUACUUGCUCUUUCAUCUGACACGCUAGUGUGUUCUCUACAUUUAGAUAAUCAGAUGUCUCCUGAAUACUUGCAUCAUGUCAGAUUGAAUACAGUUCCACAUGAGAGAUUGUUCUUUCCAGUUUCAUUCCAGUUAUAUAAAGAUAUUAAUCGUGAUGGGGACAACAUAAUGUUUAAUAAAGGAUUUUGGAGAUCCUUUGAUUACAGUACCUUCUGUUCUUAUAAGCAAGAUAUAAUGCAAGCGUGUGGUGGUGAUAAGUUUACCAGUGGGGAGGAUUUGUUUCAGAAAUCUCUCACAUCUGGUCUUGACGUAUUUCGUGCUCCAGAAUAUGCUUUAUUAACAAAAUGGCACGACAUAGACUGCAGUAGUCAGUGGUUAGACACUGAUGAACGGACAGCAUGCUCAAUAGAGCGUAAACAAGUUAAUAUUGCAGUAAGUGCGUCCCGUGACAGGUGACGGCUUUUUUAACUGGAUUAGCGAGCUAUUUUCUAUAGUCCAACAUGGAAUAGGAAAGAAUUCUGAAUUUGAUCGACUGAGAUGUUAUCCUGGCAGAGUGAUCAGUGGACGACACGGCACAUACAUGAUCUCAGAGAGGCAUGAAUGACAAAUUGAGGGUUUCAAGACAAAGGGCGAAUGUUGAUAUUGAAAAAAAAAUUAGUUGAAAAUAUAACAAAUAAAUAGAUUUUUAAGGUCUCAAGAUAGUUUGGAGCAUGCUCAACUAAGUAUUUCAAUAAAAAGUGUGGGAAAUAUACUUUUUUGUUCAUAUUUUCAAGAAAAACUUUUUUAAGAUUUUCCCUUUUGGGUUAUAAUCCUCCAAAUGUAACUAGCAUGAAAUCUGUCCAUUAAAGAAUGAAUAUUCAUGAUAUAUGCAUAUAAUAAUCAAUCAAUAACCUGACUUUAAAUAAACUGACAAAUUAUUAUUAUUAAUAAUUUUUUCCUGUAAUUUUCUUUUUAUUCAAAUCUAACCACUGCCUUAAUUUGCCAUCCUGAACUAGCUGGCUUUUUAUGCUUCUUUCUUAAUAAGUUUACCGAAUGUAUCUGUACAUUUUGAACUAUGUUUAUUAUAAUAUGAAUAAUAGGAACUUAAUAUAAAGAGAAUCAAUAACUGUCUGUGAUGUUUGAAAAUUUAGGUAUUUUAGAAUUUCUCUCUACAAUAAAUUUUUAUCUUUUCUCACAAAAAUUGGCAUAAAGCAGCGUUUUUCUGCUAUGUAGUAAAUUUUUUGUAUAAAAAGUAAUCUUGAUAUCAGAAUUACGUUUGAGUUAGACUCGUUUUCUUUAGCGCUAUGUUUAACACAGAGGCAAAGGUGAAUAGUGUUGUUUCAUCCUUAUCAAUGUUAUUUUCUGAUAAGUAUGUGCCAAGUCUGGCAUUUCAUCAUCUUACACCAGCUUCAAUUCCUUCAUCCAAUUUUGCCACUUGCACUACCAAACUGCUUGUCUAUUACCUGACGGUCUAAAAACCUGUUUUGAUUUUGGGCUUGGUAACAGGGAUCUAUUAUAUUUUUGUAUAUGUAGUACUAAUAUCUUAUGUUCGACCGGCCAACUUAAGUUGAUUUGAAAAAGUAUCUGUACUUCUGCACUGCUCUUAUUAUUUGUUUAGCUUUUGUUUCUUGAAUACUCCCACUAUAGAGAUGAUUGUCUGUACAGAAUGAAGGCAUGAAAAGGCUUAUUUAGAUAAUAGAUAUGGCCUAUUUAUGAAUGUCACAAACCAUUUUCAAUACCUAACAUACAGGGUGUCCAAAAAGUUCCGCCCGAUUUCAUAGCAUUACCAAUUGCAAAUUUGAAUGAAUUUUGUUGUAUGAUAAAUGGGGACUACAACAUUCAACAUCUAUAACAAUUAGAUGUUGUCCAAUUAGAAACAGGUUGUCCAAAAAUCUUUUUUAAAGUUAAAAAAAAAAAAAACUUUGGUUAUUAAGACUUUAUCAUCGGGCGAAACUUUUUGGACACCCUGUAUAUUGAAGGCCAACUUGAAACAGUUGCAAUAAACCUACUAUUGUGUGUCAAUAGACAGGUUUUAUAAACAUGACUUUGAACUGGCAGAAACAUUUGAUCAAGAUACUGCUCAUUUUUCUCACGUUAAAGUAUAUCGGAAUCGAUUAUCCAGAAAGUAUUACUUACUCGAGCUUGAAAAAUUUACUAAAUUACGUCAGGCAAAUAUUUCUGUCCAUAUCUAUUCCAGCAAAGUUACUUUUAUCUAUAUUAUAGCUUUUUUAGAUGCAGAUGUAGGCUAUCAUGGUUAUAUUUAUAUUGUAUGGUGCUAUUUUUCUUGCUAGAUUUUUGUCUAUCUGUAUUUGCACUGUUUUGUGUCAUCUGUACUGCAGCCCACAUGAUGCAAUUUUUUUGCCAUGUAUGAUAAUGCAUUGCUUUAUUUUAUUAUAUCUCUUCAAAUGCAGUACUUCACAAUGAGUGAACUUAGUCGUUUGAUGAAUGUUUUUGUCAAGCACAUUACCUUACUGUAAUAUAGAUAUAAAAGCCUUAACAGUUCGUCAUAUAGCAUUUUUAUAAGGCAAGCUUGAGCAUUUCUUAUUCUUGUGUAUUGGAUGAAAUUGCUUUGAUGGUAAAGAAAGUUUAUAGUAAAAUUCAUAAUUCUGUUCAUUACUUGAAACUACUUUUAAUACUAUCUUACUAAAAAGAGGCCAUUAUUAAUAAGUCUUCGGAGAAUCAAAAUAACGGUACUUUUUUUUGUAAUCAAUGCGAACAGUGCAAUACAUGAUUAUGACUUCAAACUAAUUAUUGCUAUUGUAAUAUUUGCUUUUUAAUCACUUACAUUAUCAUGUUUCCAUCAUUCAGUUCCUCCAGAUAAGGUUUGAACAUUUAAUUUAAAUUAUUUCAAUUAUCACUGAGUCCAGAUUUUAUCAAUAGGUUGCUAUUUUGACAUUGACACAUUGGCGGUGUUACGCCCUGUCAAUUUAGCUAUUUUCAUUUUGUGAGUCAAUUUUUAUGUCAUAAACCAGCAUUAAAAUGAAAUUUUCAGCAUUGUUACAUAUCGCUUUUCUAAUUUCUUGUGCCAUAUGUUCAUUUCUUUCUGGUUGCAUAACAUGUAUUGAACUAAUCAUUUGUGAUCGCUAUAGUUAGUGUGAUUCAAUUAUGACAUCAUUUUUUUAAAAUCUUAUUUCAAAGUUUUAUUUGAUAUAAUCAAUACAUUAGUUGAAUUGAUUGAAACGUGAUUCCAAGUCCAUGCGUUUGUAACAAAUAACUGGUCAACUAUCCCCAUACCAGACAUGAACUGGUAUCUUGGUGAGAAACAGUGGUUCGAUAUAUGAUUGAGCUGAAUUCUCAACUUUGCUCUCCCAUGCCAUUUAAAAAUCUUAUCCUAACAUACCAAAAAAAAUGAGAUAUGGAAACGUCAUAAUUUAAACUGGAAUUUUUGCAACAUUGUGUUUUUAGGUGAUCAAAAUCAGCGUUCGACAUUGAUAUAUAUAUUCCAGAUUUUGGACUAAUUGAUGAAUUCUAGUAUAAAAUUCCAGUACAUUUAAAUUCCAGUUGCAUACUUCCUCAUUACAAUUGGUUUUUUUUUUCUAUCAAACUAAAGAGUUUUAAUUCCGAUAAUCGAGAACAUUCAUAGAUCUAGUAAAGUUAGAGAAAAAAAACAUCCAUUUUCCUAUUGUGUUAUUUUGAAAAAAUCGUGUCAGCUUCAUUACUUCACAAUGUGAAUUUCUUUCUCAUUUUUGCUUCAUUGUUCUUGCUUCACCUGUGAACUAUAUUAAGCCAAAUUUAGCUUUUCACUUCACCGUAAUCGUACUUAAAGCAGCAGUUUUAUCACGUCCUAGAAUUAUUUUUUUCAAUUAUUAAUAUAGAUAAUUUUUCUCCACUGUAUAAAGUAGUAUUUUGUUGUAUGCCAAGCUAUGGGUAUUCAAGUCUUCUUCAGGAGGGUAUGAUCCAACCCUGUAUCAAAUUUGUGUGCAUUCUGUAUUUUGGUAAUGUAUUUCUGAAGUAACCUUUUUCCCGCUAUUAAGGCUAUUUCAAUUAGUAUAAGUUUUAUAUGGAUACAACCGUUUUAGCACGUGCUUGGUUAAUGCUAUAGUAUUAUCAUCAUUGGUUGGGUAACAAUUCCUACAGUUUAUUUCUGUUUGACAUUUCCCAUAAAAUUUCCAUUUGAUAAUGAUUUUUUUUUAUUUUUAAUUAAACGUAGUUGUUGGUGCUUCUUUGUCCUUGAACAGUUUUUUAUUCAAACAUAUAAUGAAAUAUACUUAUUUUUCUCGCUAUUGUGUUGUUACCUUGGAUAAUUUUGAUGAAUAAAAAAGUAUUUUAUCGUUGCUUA